CUCUCCUCUCUCCCUCCGUUUCUCUCUCUUCCGAUAAGCCCUAAACUAAACCCUUCCUCUGCCUUUUUCUUCACGACAGUCCAUAAACCUCCAUAAGAGCUCGCCCCUUUGCUUCCGUUCUCUCCAAUCUACCACCGCGAAGAAAGAUGAACUUCAACAAUGUCAAAGUUCCUAAGGUGCCAGGAGGUGGGGCUGCUUCGGCAUUGAUCAAGUUGGGUAUCAUAGGAGGUCUUGGCGUGUAUGCAGCUGCCAACAGUCUUUACAAUGUUGAAGGAGGGCAUCGAGCGAUUGUAUUCAACCGUGUAGUUGGUAUCAAAGACAAGGUCUAUCCUGAAGGGACUCACCUUAUCAUCCCAUGGUUUGAGAGGCCAGUAAUCUAUGAUGUCCGUGCAAGACCUCAUUUGGUUGAGAGUACAUCUGGGAGUCGUGACCUUCAAAUGGUUAAAAUUGGACUUCGAGUUCUCACUCGUCCUGUGCCGGACCAGCUACCUACAGUUUACCGUACACUGGGCGAAAACUAUAAUGAAAGGGUCUUGCCAUCUAUCAUUCAUGAAACUUUGAAAGCGGUGGUUGCACAGUACAAUGCUAGCCAGCUGAUUACAAUGAGAGAGACUGUUAGUAGGGAAAUAAGGAAGAUAUUGACUGAGAGAGCUGCCAACUUUAACAUCGCUCUGGACGAUGUGUCCAUUACUAGCCUGACUUUUGGGAAAGAGUUUACUGCUGCAAUUGAAGCCAAACAGGUGGCUGCCCAGGAAGCGGAGAGGGCCAAGUUCGUUGUUGAAAAGGCUGAGCAAGAUAAGAAGAGUGCCAUUAUCAGAGCACAGGGAGAAGCCACGAGUGCUCAGCUGAUUGGUCAAGCUAUAGCCAACAACCCUGCCUUCAUCACUCUCAGGAAAAUUGAAGCUUCAAGAGAAAUUGCCCACACUAUUUCGAACUCAACCAACAGGGUCUUCCUGAACUCGGAUGAUCUCUUGCUGAAUCUUCAGAAGAUGGAACUGGGAAGCACUUCCGGGAAAAAGUGAUUUGACUCGAUCUUCUGUUUAUUUUUGUUUCCAGUAUCUAUAUGGGAAGAACUUCCGAUGUGCGAUAAUGAGUUAAUAUUGUUCAUUGCCCUGCGAAUGGAGAGUUAUGUCUUCCAAAAGAUCGUGGAAAAAUCAGUUUGAGGUUAAAACAAAUUGUUGGAUAAUCUUCACUGCUUCUCUUAAGAAGACAUUUGCCAAUAACUUAUAAGCAUGUUUGCUACUUGCUUGUUUUCAGGUUUA